AAAUUCCCCCUUUCAUCUCCAUCAACCUAACCACAAUAUUCCACCAUCCUCUCUGCCUUUCAAGCAACAAAAACCAUGUCUUUCUCCAAUCUGUUGUGCCUGCUUUCAUUACUUUCCCUGUCUCUCCUAGCUUCUGCAUCACCUGCUCGCGACUUCUCCAUUGUUGGGUACUCCCCUGAUGACUUGACGAGCAUCGACAAGCUCAUCAAUCUCUUUGAAUCUUGGGUUGAAAAGCACGGGAAAUUAUACGACAGCGUGGAAGAGAAGCUGCAUAGGUUUCAGAUUUUCAAAGAGAACUUGGAGCACAUCCACGAGAGGAACCAGGGGGUGACUAACUACUGGCUUGGUUUGAACGAAUUCGCGGAUUUGAGCCACGAAGAGUUCAAGCACAAAUACUUGGGGCUCAAGGCCUUGCCUCAGAAGAGAGAAUCAGAGUUCACUUACAGAGAUUUUGUAGACUUGCCUAAAUCUGUUGACUGGAGAAAGAAAGGAGCUGUCACCCCUGUCAAGAACCAAGGUUCAUGUGGGAGCUGCUGGGCAUUUUCAACCGUAGCAGCAGUAGAGGGAAUAAACCAGAUAGUGACGGGAAACUUAACUUCACUGUCGGAACAAGAGCUCAUAGACUGUGACACAGCCUACAACAAUGGCUGCAAUGGAGGUCUCAUGGACUACGCGUUUCAGUUCAUCGUUUCAAAUGGCGGACUUCACAAGGAGGACGACUAUCCUUACCUCAUGGAAGAAGGCACUUGUGAUGAGAAAAGGGAUGAGUCGGAGGUGGUGACCAUUGAUGGCUACCGUGAUGUGCCCACUAAAGACGAGCAAUCUCUCUUGAAAGCACUGGCAAACCAGCCUCUCAGCGUAGGCAUUGAGGCUUCCGGUCGUGAUUUCCAGUUUUACAGCGGGGGUGUAUUUGACGGGCAUUGUGGAAGCGAGAUAGAUCACGGCGUGGCAGCCGUGGGGUAUGGAUCUGCUAAGGGGAUGGACUACAUCAUUGUCAAGAACUCUUGGGGGCCAAAAUGGGGAGAGAAAGGAUACAUCAGAAUGAAGAGAAACACUGGCAAGGCAGAAGGGAUCUGUGGCAUCAAUACAAUGGCUUCUUACCCUAUCAAGCACAAGUGACCAUAACCAAUUGCUUCAGAUUACACUUUUCCUAUCAGUUACUGAAUUGUUUUUCCUAACAACUUCCAAUAUGUCAGACAGAUAUUGGAACAUUAUAUUGAAAUAAGGUUGCCCUGCUUGUUUAAUGAAAUGAUAGAAGUAAAUGUGA